AUGGUACCCUGUGUGACACGGAAUGCAUUAACUACUCAAAAAAAAAGCAAUUCAGCUAGAUAUGCUUUCGACUUCCGUCGUACGGUGGAUCGUGCAGGAUUAAUUGACUUGGGAUUUAUUGGCCCACCUUUCACAUGGGUGAAGAGUAGCAAACAACCCUCUGCUGGAAAGUCUUUGAAAAGAGCCAGACUAGAUCGUGGGCUUGCGUCCACAGACUGGAGAAUUUUAUUUCCUGAUGCUGUGCUGAAUCAUCUAUCGGCAUCCACUUCUGACCAUAGGCCAAUUCUUCUUGAUACCAAUGGAGGAUACAAAGGAAAGCGCCACCCUUUCAGAUAUGAGAAUAUGUGGGCAAGAGAUCCGAGAUGCUACUGGGUGGUUAAGGAAGCUUGGGCGAAGAGGCUCCACAGUAAUCCAAUGGUGAAUUUCCACAGGAAAGCUAAGAACACACGUCGAAAGCUUAGCCAAUGGAACAAAGAUCAAUUUCGAAAACUUAGUUUUCAAGUUAAGGAGGCUAAUUCCUACCUUCAACAUACUGAGCAAUCCAAUCCUGAUGAUCUCAAUGCCAUUGAGGCGGCCAGGCAACAACUAAAGGAAGCUUUGCUCUGGGAAGAAAUUCAUUGGAAGCAAAAGUCUAGAAUUCAAUGGUUGCAAGAGGGCGACAGAUGCUCAAAAUUUUUCAUGACAUCCACAAUAGUUCGUCGAAGGAAAAGUUUCAUUCAGUGCAUAAAGGAUUCGGAAGGAGGGCAGUGGAUUCGAGACCAAAAGGAAAUCGCCGACUGUUUCCUAAAAAACUUUCAAGAUCUCUUUAGGCAAGAUCAGAACUGCCCUACUCCCCAACUCAGUAAUCUAUUCGAUCAGGUCAUUACCAAUGAGGAAAACCUGAUGCUAAAUGCCAUUCCCAACACGGAGGAGGUGACUGCAGCCAUCAACGAAAUGGGGAAUGAUAAAGCUCCUGGGCCAGACGGGUUUCCAGUAAGCUUCUACUCUCAUCAUUGGGGCACAAUCGGAAGUGAUCUUCAUGAAAUGAUCAUUGCUACAAGACUUCGGGGCAUCCUCACAAAGAUUAUCUCGCCAACUCAAGCCGCUUUUGUUAAAGGUCGAUGCAUAGCGGAGAACACAAUGAUCGCGCAGGAAGUGGUCCAUUUUAUGAAGAAGAGAAGAGGGAAGAGGGGAUUCAUUAUGAUCAAGAUUGACAUGGAAAAGGCAUAUGAAAAACUUAGCUGGGAGUUUAUCAUUGCGGUUUUAAACCAGAUAGGCUUGUCCCAGCCUUUAACAAACUGGAUAAGGGCCUGUAUUUCGACUAAGGAAAUCAAGUUGCUACUUAAUGGCUCAAUAGAAGGGAGGAUCAAACCAGGGAGGGGAUUAAGGCAAGGCGAUCCUUUGUCCCCAAUGUUGUUUAUUACAGCAGCAGAGACUCUGUCAAGACUCAUCUUUCUAAAGGAGAAGUCUGGUGAGAUUAAAGGGUUCAAGAUGGGGAGAAACGACACUACUGUAAACCACUUAAUGUUUGCAGAUGAUAUUAUCUUGUUUGGAGGAGUUUGCCGUGGGAAAGUUAGAGCGAUCACUAAGUAUUUUGGUAUGAAAGAAAUGACAGCCAAUGCAAUCUACCUAGGUCUUCCUUUAUUCAAAGCGACAAAAAGAACGGAAGACUAUAUUCAACUCAUUGAUAAAGUCUUGGGUCGAGUUAAAGGUUGGAAAUCAAAACUCCUUUCAAGUGCAGUUGGGCUUCUCUCUAUCUCUGUUUCUAAAAAGUACAUAAGCGUGGAUGAGAGAGAGGAAGUAGAAGACGAAGAGAGAGAGAUAAUAUUACCACUGCUACCAAUAAGGACAAGGGAUGAAGAUGCACAUGAUUCUAGGUUUGCAUUUCGUGCGGUUCCACAGCUGAUCUGGUUCACUACGACAAAAUUCUCAAGCUCUUCUUCGUUCCCACAUGGCGCUGGCCUGGAAAAGACCUUCUUAUGCACUGUAACAACUACAAUCUCUUUUAUCCCCAAUCAUUCUCUCUGCCACCUCUCUCUUCCUCCGAUGAUUCCUCCGUCUCUCCGCGUUGCUGCUCCUGUGAUUGGAUUGUUGAGUCCGACUUUAGAUUCUGCCCCUUCUACGGUUCCUCUCUGA